AACCUGCGAUAUCAACCCUCGAACACCUCGCUCUAUCUUAGCUAGUUUCGUUACCCUAUUCUAUCAGGCGCUGAUCGACCCUUCCAACCUCCCUCAUCGUCGCCCUAGAUAUUCGAACCAUCGGAGAGCUCAUUGUCCAACCGUCCCCAUCAUGGCAUCCAGAGCCGCAGCAGGCGCCCGUCCAGGUGCUAGGUUCGCUCAGUUCAAGCUCGUUCUCCUCGGAGAAUCUGCCGUAGGAAAGAGCUCAUUAGUCCUGAGAUUUGUUAAGGACCAAUUCGACGACUAUCGAGAAUCAACAAUCGGUGCCGCAUUCCUGACACAAACCAUUUCGCUGGAUGAAAGUACAACAGUGAAAUUUGAGAUCUGGGAUACCGCCGGUCAAGAAAGAUACAAGUCCUUGGCUCCCAUGUACUACCGGAAUGCGAACUGUGCUGUCGUUGUAUAUGAUAUCACUCAAGCUUCAUCGCUAGACAAAGCCAAAUCAUGGGUCAAGGAAUUACAACGCCAGGCAAACGAAAAUAUUGUCAUCGCCCUCGCAGGCAACAAGCUUGAUCUUGUUACCGAGAACCCCGACAAGAGGGCUAUCCCCACUGCUGAUGCUGAAGCAUAUGCGCGCGAAGCCGGUCUUCUUUUCUUCGAGACUUCCGCUAAAACGUCUUCAAAUGUGCGCGAACUCUUCACAGCCAUCGCAAAGAAGCUUCCACUUGAUCAAGCUGGACCCCGAAACAUGCGAACAGCACCUCGCCCUGGUGUAGAUCUCCGACCGGAAGCACCGGGAACCCAAAGUGGCGGAGCGUGUAAUUGUUAGAGCCUAUUCGAUCCGUCCGUUUCUGUAUCUCUUGUCCGCGGAUUUCCUCGUUGUCCAUCUUUCCUUCGCUCUUUAGACAAGGAAGGCGCACGCCUCCUAUAGUGACUGUUCGCCUUCGUUAUGAGCAUGAAGUCGCUUGCGCCGAUCCAUUGCGAUGAUACAUGUUUAAAGCGGUUUGGAGCUGGGUUAAUCUGCUCGCGUUGGCCACUCCCGUCAUACUGCGCUUUUCUAAUACCCCGGUUCCCAUGAUCCGGUAUCUCGGUCUCUUUGUUACUGGAACAAGGCAUCUGAUGUCGGUCAUUGCGUGUAAACAUUCAGUGCUGUGCAAUGAUCCAUUGGAUUCGACCGUUGGCCAGUAACUCAGGCAGUUUGAGUGCUGUUUCAUUGUGCUUUUUCCGUCUGUUUUUUUUUUUUCCCGUUCCAUCUGCUAUCGGCGUCUGUAUCCUUCCUCGAUUGGGUCCAAUCUAUGCUAUUUUUCUAACACCGUCGAGUACUCUUUAGUUUCAGUGUGUGAUGACCAUAUAAUAUCUGCUGAAUCUUUAGGUUU